GGCAGAUUGUAUGCAAAGCAUCCACAACACGCACAAGGGGCAGAUAUCUAUCGUGGGGUAAAUGGGUCCGAUGACAUGUUGUAGAACCUCAAACAGGCGAUCAGCCCCGACGCAGAGAUUGGAGAUUAUUGAAAUGUGCUCAAUAGAACCAUGGAAAGAUCGGCUUCUUACACUGCUCAUUGGCGCUUCAGCAAAGAUAUAAGGUAACAGGGUAACAUGGUUGUCAACUCGUCCUUAGGAUCCCUCCACUUCCCCUGUCAAUCCUACUAAUAAUAACAGCAUGAACCAAUGAUUCACAAGAGAUUAUCUCGUGUAUUGCACGCUUCGGUCCAAAGUAUACACUUUGGUCUUCUCGUUCUUUCAUUUUAUUACCCAGAUGUAUUUGGGUGAUACCCACCAUCUUUAGCACCUUCCACCGACCACUAAAGUAUAAAACGUACUGCCAAGUGCUUGCGAAAUGGACGGCUAUGCUUUUCUUCAUCUCUGCUAAUUGCUCAAGAUGAAGUUUCUGUCGAUCAUAUAUCUGUGUUUUGCAGCGAUAUUUUCAGUCUCUAAUGCUACAGAGCUGGUCAAAGAUGACACAAUUGGUGAUAUAUGGGAAGCUAUUGAGUCAGCGACUACUUGUGCGGGAUGCAACGCCAUAUUAUUGCUACUCAAAGGCGUCGCGGCUUUUGGCGAUACCGUUUUUGUCGACACUUUGACUGAAAUAUGUAAAUUGGCUGGCGUUGAGGAUUCAGAUGUUUGCGCAGGUGCAAUUGGCCUGGAGGGGCCAAUUAUUGCACAAGACUUGCGAAAAAUGACUUUAGGAUCACACACGUCACAGCUGUUUUGCAUAACAUUCUUUGGAUUAUGUGAUUUUCCAGCGGUUACUCCAUACAAUGUUCCAUUUCCAAGUCCCAAGCCUGCUACCCAGCGCCCAGCUGUUAGUGGCAAAACACCUCUGAAAAUUGUACAUUUCAGCGACAUUCACGUGGAUCACGAGUAUGAAGUUGGAGCGAAUACCAACUGCACAAAGCCUAUCUGCUGUAGGCCAUAUACAUCCGCCGAUGCUCCUGGUAACAACUCAUAUCCAGCUGGCGAAUAUGGAAACUACAAUUGCGAUGCUCCUGUAAGCUUGGAAGAGAGUAUGUACGCGGCUAUAAAGGAGGUCGCUCCAGAUGCUACAGCAACGCUCUUCACAGGUGACAUAGUUGAAGGUGCUGUCUGGCUUGUCAAUUCAACUGGUAACAUUGCGGAUAUAAAUGAUGCUUAUAGUCGAAUGUCGGGCUUAAAAAAUCUCUUUGCGACUACUGGAAAUCAUGAAUCGUCACCAGUCAACUCUUUCCCCCCAAAAGCAGUUGGCGUCACGACUAAUCAAUGGGUCUAUGAUACCCUUUCCACAAAUUGGAUACCAUUUAUUGGUUCUACUGCUGCUUCCUCAGCCGAUAGUUUUGGUGCAUACUCGACGCUCCUACCAGGAGGAAACCUGAGGGUCAUCUCUAUUAAUACUAAUCUCUACUACAAAUCUAACUAUUGGCUCUACGAAGCGACCAUGGAGACUGAUCCUUCUGGGCAACUGGCAUGGUUAGUCACUGAACUCCAGGCUGCUGAAACUGCUGGCCAAAGAGUUUAUAUUAUUGGGCAUAUGCCUAUGGGGUCUAACGAUGCACUUCACGAUGGCUCGAACUAUUUCAACCAGAUUACCCAAAGAUAUUCCGCUACUAUUGCUGCUCUGUUCUUUGGUCACACUCACCGCGACCAAUUUCAAAUCACAUACAGCAAUUACAGCUCCCAAACUGCAGCCAACGCCAUCGAAGUAUCCUACAUCAUUCCCUCCAUGACUCCCACCUCCGGCUAUCCCGCCUUCCGCGUCUACUCCGUAGAUCCCGUGACAUACGGUAUUCUUGACUUCACAACCUACAUCGCGGACUUCUCUCUCACUUCCUCCACUCAAUCAGCUCCAACAUGGAAACCCUAUUACUCUGCUAAGGCUGCCUAUGGCCCUCUAGUAACCCCACCUCUCACUUCCGCAACCGCAGAACUAACUCCCGCCUUCUGGCACAAUCUCACCACCGUAUUUGCAAGUAAUCCUACUGUUUUCAACCAGUACAUCGCGCGCAAAACUAGAGGGUACAAUGUAGAAACUUGCACAGGUGAUUGUGCAACGGAGGAAAUCUGUCAGUUGAAAGCGGCGGAGAGCCAAUAUAAUUGUGCGACUAUCAAGCCCGGAAUUAGCUUCAAAAAGAGAAGUGAGGGGAGCGAGCGAUUGGAGAGAAGAAUUGGUAAUGUAGUGGAAACCCUUGGGGGAGAUUGUGAGGGUAGUGUGAUUAGACCAAUUUUGACAAAGUUGGCGGCACAGGAGGGAUUGCUGGAGAGUGCAUUGGAGAUGGCAAAGAUGAAGGCUAGGAAGUAGGGGGGUUCGAUGGUAAGAGGAGGAUAUAAAUUUUCGAAACUCGAAAUUGGACUUUGGGUUGAGAAAUAUGCUUGUGAUACUUUGACACGUGUGUGCUCAAGCGUGUGGGAUAUUCAUAGUGAUACACAGACUCAAACAUAACAUUUUCAUCAACCCUGCCAUGGCUUCUAAUAAAUGUACCUUUCUACGUAUUAUUGUGCUUCAGAAGCUGGGAUCACAGUAACAGGGAAUGAUAUCAACAAAUUUAGCUCAACUGUCGUCGUUCAUAAAAUCCAAUGUUUCAUUAGUGUGGCGCUUCUAGUGAGAGAGUGGAAAGUGGAGAAUUCUUGAGCUUUGGCGGUGGAUUCA